UGCCUGGGAUGCCUAGAUUCAGACCCAUGGGGGGAGGGGAGCCAGGGAGGGUUAGGGUUUCGCUUCCCGCAUCUGGGAGGGGGGGAUGCUGGGCCCGACCCGGGGCUCGCCGGGCGCCCGGACCGUGCCCGGCCCCGGGCCUCGGGUUCUCCUUGCCCAUGGGCCCCCUCUCCCCCCCCAGUGGACAAGUACAUCGCCAUGGCCAAGGAGAAGCACGGCUACAACAUCGAGCAGGCCCUGGGCAUGCUGCUCUGGCACAAGCACGACGUGGAGAAGUCCCUGGCGGACCUGGCCAACUUCACCCCCUUCCCGGACGAGUGGACCGUGGAGGACAAAGUGCUGUUCGAGCAGGCCUUCGGCUUCCACGGGAAGUGCUUCCAGCGCAUCCAGCAGAUGCUGCCGGACAAGCUCAUCCCCAGCCUGGUGAAGUACUACUACUCCUGGAAGAAGACGCGGAGCCGCACGAGCGUCAUGGACCGCCAGGCCCGGAGGCUGGGGGGCCGCAAGGACAAGGACGAUAGUGAUGAGUUGGAAGAGGGAAGAGGAGCCACUAGUGAGGGAGAGCCAGAUGCUGGGGACCCCAAGAGAGAGCCAGCCCCAGCCCGGCCCCUGAACGCCCGGCCCGGCCCCGGGAAGAAGGAGGCGCAGCUCUCUCAGUACCGCCACCACCCGCUGCGGACCCGGCGCCGCCCGCCCAAGGGCAUGUACCUGAGUCCCGAGGGCAUCACGGCCGUGUCCGGCAGCCCCGACCUGGCCAGCCUCACCCUGCGGGGCCUCGACUCCCAGCUGGUCUCCCUCAAGCGCCAGGUGCAGAGCAUGAAGCAGACCAACAGCAGCCUCCGGCAAGCCCUGGAGGGGGGCAUCGACCCGCUGCGGCCCCCCGAGGCGAAUACCAAGUACAAUUCUCGGUGGACCACAGACGAGCAGCUUCUGGCUGUACAAGCCAUCCGGAGGUACGGGAAGGACUUCGGCGCCAUCGCGGAGGUGAUCGGGAACAAGACCCUGACCCAGGUGAAGACCUUCUUCGUGAGCUACCGCCGGCGCUUCAACCUGGAGGAGGUGCUGCAGGAGUGGGAGGCUGAGCAAGACGGGGCCGCGGGGGCCCCGGCCCCCGCUGAGGAGGCGCGCAAGGGGCUCCCGGCCCCCGCCGUGGCCAGUGAGGAGGAGGAGGAGGUGAGCUGGGGGAGGGGAGGCGGCCGGGAGCCCUGCUCUAGAACCAAGGGCUGCUGGAACAUCUUAGAACUGCGAGUUCCUGCUUGUGAAAGGAAGUUCUCGGGAAAUGGGGAAGUUGAACCCCCCUUUCUUCCUAACCUCCUGGGGUGUGGAACGAGCCCCCGGACCUGGGGGGGGGGGGGAAGCUCCGGACGCCCCCAGGCUGGGACCCACCGGCCCCGGGCUCUCUCUCUCUUCCCUAGGUCCAGAUCACGGCGGUGUCUCGAGCAGUGCCCCCGGUCGCCCCUCCUCCCACCUCGCUGUCUCAGCCGCCCCCCCUGCUCCGGCCCCCGCUGCCUACGGCCCCCACCCUCCUGCGCCAGCCCCCUCCGUUACAGCAGGGCCGCUUCCUACAGCCAAGACUGGCUCCCAAUCAGCCCCCGCCUCCCCUCAUCCGUCCUGCCCUCGCAGCCUCCAGACACAGCGCCAGGGGUGGCCCCCAGGCCCCACCCGCUUUGCUGGGGGGCCCCUCCGAGCCCCCACCCCCGUCGCUCUGAGCCCGCCCCCCUCCCCGCCCUGGGCGCCACCUGCUUCAGCGAGGACAGCUGGGUCGGGCACCUCCGUCCCCCACUCUGCGGCAGACGAUCCAGGGCCCACGACGGGCACGACCUAGACCCGGGGGCUCCUGGCGGACACUGGCAUCUGGGGGGCUUGGACGGCCGCCCUUCCCCACCCCCAGACCCGGGACCUCGGGCUCCAGGCGGCCCCCGGCCCACUCUGUGCCUGCUUCCCGGAGCCACCCAAGCUCUGAACCGGAAUGUCGCCUCUGGCCGAACUGUUUCUCUGGGAUCCUCCUCCUCCCCCCCGCCCCGUCUCCCCCUGUAGUGGGUGUUAGUGACCAUAGAGUAGAGCUAAGUUAGGGGCGGCAGGCGGGCUUCGGGGCUCUGCCCCCCCUUCCCCUCGGAAGGCCCGGGCGCCGCAGCGCUGCCGGGGGAGGGGGGGGAGUUAUGGCAAUAAGUCUUGGGGUGGGGGGAGAGAGCUGUCAGGAAAUGGGAUGGGGGGUGGGGGGCCCAAAUAGGACGAUUUGCCUUCGGUGGGGUGCGUAGAGGGGAGGGAGGUCCCUUCUGCCCACUGGGGAGCCCCGGCUCUUUGAGCCUGGCGGCGGGUGCAGCCGCGAGGACGGUGGUCCGGGCCCCGGGCGUCCCCCCACCCGUCGCUAGUGGGGAGCGAGUGUGUGAGCGUGAGUGUAAAACAACUUCAGGCUGGAAAGAGCAAAGCCACCUGAAUUUAUUUUUUGUCAGUUUUUAAAAUAAAACUUUUUUAAAGCUCCUUGGGUGAGGCCCUCCCUUACCCCCCGGGGGGAAGCGCCUGCCGGGAGCCCACCUG